AUGGAUCCCGACGACAUGGAGAAGACGGCAUUCAUCACACCCAGGGGCCUCUUCUGCUACCUAGUUAUGCCGUUCGGCCUUAAGAAUGCUGGUGCCACAUUCCAAAGAAUGGUAUACUUGUUGUUCGGAAUCCUCAUCGGCGAAAUCAUGGAAGCUUAUAUCGACGAUAUGGUGGUGAAAAGUCUCAAGGCUGAGAAUCACCUCUCUCAUCUUGCCGAAGUCUUUGCAAUCUUGAAGAAGCACAAGCUACGGCUUAACGCCGACAAAUGUGCCUUCGGAGUCAGCUCAGGGAAGUUCCUCGGCUACUUGGUUACUCGGCGCGGUAUCGAGGCAGAUCCGAACCAGAUCCUAGCUAUUCAGCAAUUAAAACCACCGUCCACUCCUCGGGAAAUUCAGAAGCUCACUGGGAUGGCAGCGGCUCUCAACAGGUUUAUCAGCCGCUCGUCGGAUAAGUGCCAUGUCUUCUUUCAAACGCUUAAGAAGCAAAGCCGACGAAGUUUCAAGUGGACGGAAGAUUGUGAUGCAGCCCUUGCCGAGCUGAAGUCUUAUCUCAGUUCGGCCCCUCUCCUUGUCAAGCCGGUAGCCUUCGAAACUCUUCAUCUCUAUCUAGCUGUCUCUCCACACGCUGUUAGCUCGGCACUUGUCCGAAGGGAAGGCCUUGAGGACCAACCAAUCUACUUUUCUAGCCGAACCUUGCUCCCGGCACAAACUAGAUAUCUGCCACUGGAGAAGCUUCUUCUAGCAUUGGUUACAGCAGCUCGGAAAUUGCUCCCUUAUUUUCAAGAGCACCCCAUCAUUGUUCUCACGGAGUUUCCACUUAAGAACCUCUUGAGGAAGGCUGAUCUAUCUAGCAGAGCACAAGUAUUGGCAGACUUUAUUGCUGAAUUCACCCCUGGAAGCCCGGACGAGGAAACACUGGUAAAGCCUAAUUACGGGAUGCUGGAACAACAAGAGGCUCGGAAAGUUUGGAACUUAUUUAGCGGAGACGUUUGGAAGUUGCACGUGGACGGGGCAUCCAACAGCAACGGCUCGGGCGCAGGGGUCGUUCUUCUGAUCGUCAAUCAAAUAACAGGUGAUUAUGAAGCUCGGGACCCAAGAAUGAUUAAGUAUCAGGCUACCGCUCUAGAGCUAAUCCGAGGGUUCAAAGGAUUCCGAAUCGAACAGAUCAACAGAGAGAACAACGCUCAUGCCGAUGCUCUUGCUAGUCUUGCCUCGGCAAGCAAAGCAUCUGAAUACCGACAUAUCAGCCUCGGCGAGAUCCUUGAGCCGAGCUUUGAAGUAUCGGAAGAAGAGGCCCACCGUGUACGCAGCAAAGCAGCCUACUACUGGAUCUCUGAGCUCGGCCAACUAUACAGGAAAAGCUUCACUGGGCCAUACCUUCGGGUAGUUCACCCAACCGAGGUCCCGAUUAUUUUAACCGAGCUCCACUCUGGCAGCUGCGGUUGUCACUCUGGCGGCCGUUCCCUAUGUCAAAGAGCUCUAAGUCAAGGAUACUUUUGGAAAGGAAUGAAGAAGGAUUGUGAAGAAGUGGUCAGAAGAUUCUUCAAUUCAACCCCAUCCUACCCCCAGGGCAACGGCCAGGCCGAAGCCACUAACAAGACUGUUUGCGCUGGCAUCAAACGUCGGCUGGACUCUAAACGAGGAAAAUGGGCCGAAGAACUUCCUAGGGUCCUCUGGGCCUACCGCUCCACCCCCAGACGCUCUACCGGCCAAACUCCCUUUGCAAUGGCUUUCGGCAUGGAGGCUGUCAUACCACUGGAAUCGAAGUUCCCGACCCUGCGCACCGAAACCUUUGAUCUAGAAUCUAACAAUGAUGCAGUGGCAACCGAGCUAAUCUUAGCCGAAGAAAAACGAGACGAUGCUCAGCUCAAGUUAGCCAACUAUCAGCAAGAAGUCGCUCGGGGCUACAAUCGAAGAGUAAGGCUUAAGAAGUUCAGAACCGAUGACUGGGUCUGGAGGAAGGAAGGCCUACCUCUGAACACUCUCGUCGGUCGCACUCUAUCACACCACCUAUCAAGUCUAUUACUUUUCCCUUACCAAAGUGCUGUACUUGUCUUGGCAGUCUUUUUAAUGAAAAGUAUCUCCUACUUCUGGAGUAUCAGUGUUCUUCAUAUUUGA